AUGGCUGUCCAAAGCAAGCUUACAAAGGUAACCGCUAGAUCAGGAUUGCCUGCCGAGCUUCAACCUGCCCUGGCUACUCUCUUGAGAGCCUAUGGUCUCGGAUGGGCCCUUUCUAGCGUGCCUACCUUUCUGGGUCUGUUAAUCAAGACAAUAUUGGCCCUCAUAAAAGGCCAGGGUCCAGCAAAGGUCCUGUCCUUAUUCUUCAACGGCAUCCAAAAGACUCUCAAGGACAGUGUGACAAAGAACGGUCUCCCUUACGUGAUGGCAGGUGCCUUUGGAUGUCACCGCUUUGUUGCUUAUCUAUUGAAUCGUAUCCCAUACGCAACGUCCUGGUUCACCAAGAAGAACAUCCAGCGCAUAUCUAUUUUCCUGUCAGCAGCAACCACAAUGCACUUUGUUAGACGAUCAUUCAAGGCCACAAAGACCAUGGACCUUACCUUACUUGCCUUUUCGCGUGCAUUGGAUGUGUUGGCUCACCGCGCCUACGUCUCACCUAUCGUACGCAAACACAUGCCUGCCUGGUUACUUGAACACUUUAGUGUCGUUGCAUUUACAGCCGUCACAACAGAAGCAGUAUGGACAUGGAUGUAUGAACCCAGUAGACUUCCAAGAUCUUAUUCAACCUGGAUCGCUGGUGUGGCUGGUGUAGACGACAGAAUCUUACAGACCCUGAGAAAUAUUCGGAAUGGAACUUAUACAUAUGGUUCAGCAGCAAUUGCCAAUGGUGCAGGUCCAAUCAUCGAAGUCUGUAAAGAGUUUGGUAUCGAUCCUGCCCUUGCUGAUCCACUGCAUGGCAGAUUCCCUUGCUCGGCUGUACAUAAUGGAUUACCUUUUGGGUGUGAGGUCGCUGGUUUAGAUAAAUUCGCCUAUGUGUUCUCAAAGGGAUUCCCACUCUACUUUACCGUACACGCCCUUCCUCCUCUCUUGUUUUCCACCAAGCGCCUAAAGAGCGAUCCUGCACAGGGAUUGCUUCAAAUCCUGCAGGGAUCCGUAAUGUCGGCCUCAUUCCUGGCCAGUCUGAUCGCGUCUAUCUUUUACAUCAUUUGUUUAAUCCGAACACGCAUUGGACAUCAGUUACUAGGCAUUCCACAAAAAUACCUCGAUUCACCAUGGACACCAUUUGUGGGCUGUGUACUGAGUGGAGCAACUAUCAUGGUAGAGAGCAAGCAUCGUCGAGCAGAAAUGGCUCUUUACGUCGCUCCCCGUGCUCUCCAGUCCUUCUUGGACCGACUCUUGGAACCUUAUAAGCGCGGUCGCUGGUGGGAGAAGGUCGGUGGCAAUACCGUCGAGACCAUGGUGUUUGCAACCUCCCUUACUGUUAUUCUCGAGGCCCUUUACACUAACGACACUAUGCUCCGGUCCUCAGUAAAGUCUCUCUUUUCCUGGAUUCUCAAGGACGAACUCAGAGAAGCCAAGGCAGUCAAGGAGGCAGCCCAGGCUAAAGAAGAAGAUAAAACUAAAGCAUCUACACACAUAUCCAACAUCCCAUUCCAUGGUUAA